AUGCAACCAGGUGUCUUCCAGCCUGUUGCACAGUUGGGUGGUAAAUCACCUCUGGUGGAUCAGUUGACCUUAUGCGAACUGAAACUAAAAACGUGGUACAAUUUCAACCUACAGCUCAUGGACUCCCUUUCGAAUACAUCCUUUUUGCUUGUGCUUAUACACCACCAUCAUAAACUGCUUGAGGUUCUUGAGGAAUUGUUCAAUACCAGGCGACUUGUAAACUUCACGGUCGGAUCGGUCUCUAGCAGUUGUUUCAGAAACUCUGUGCUCUCUAAUUUGAGAGUAUCGGUGUCCGAGACCCUGGUAUCGAUAAGCAGCACCUAUACCGAUAUUUUCAAGCACGCCCAUUUUCUCGACAUUGAGAAUUUCAAAUGCAUUUAUUCGAAGAUUAACAAGGAAACAUUUAAAACAUCAACAAACAACGAGGACCAGUUGGUGCACAUUAAUUUUGAGAUAUUAGCCAGCUCCAAAAGUUUUCUUCUGUUCAAGAAACUAAAUGGAGUUUUUGAUUCGGAGAUCCUUCGAAACGAAGAGUUGGUUCUGCUGAAAAGUAGAAUUGAUAAAUCGAAACCGAAGUACCAAUACUUAUUGGAAACCGAAGACGACGCUAAAGUGUUGAAAUCACGAAAUUUCCGUGACUUUCAUUACCGUCGCUUGACAGAACUUCGACUUUUAAACAAAAGAAUUUUCUCUUGA